AUGUGCCUAGUCGACCAUGGGGCCGUGAGCCGAACAAUCGACUGUGCCGUGGAAGACACGCAGCAGCGCAAAUUCAACUCGACAUUUGACGGGAUACGCAAAAUCGCGCGAAAUGAAGGAAUCUUAACCCUGUGGCGGGGACUAGUGCCCACCCUUGUCAUGGCAAUACCGGCAAAUGUGAUUUAUCUAGCGGGGUACGAGUGGAUGCGAGUUGACCCUCGCAGUCCUAUUCCACAGUAUGUCUCCGAUGGCUUUGUGCCGUUGGUUGCUGGCAGUGUUGCGCGAAUUGCUGCUGCAUCUGUGAUUAGCCCCAUUGAAAUGUUCCGGACACGACUGCAGGCAACGCCGGGUACUGGCACGGGGCAUUUCCGCGCUACACUCGAGGGUCUUCACCAGAUGACUCGCGUUCAAGGAUAUGGCUCUUUAUGGCGUGGUUUGAGCUUGACCAUGUGGCGCGAUGUGCCCUUCUCAGGCCUGUAUUGGUGGGGUUACGAGGCGGUGCGAGAUGUACUCACAAACAUUCGUGAAUCAAAUCAUAAUAGUAUGCGAGAUGCCAAGGAUGGACGACAACUCAAGUCUCGCCUGGACUCGCGGUCUCAUCAAAGUUCAGCCAUCACGUUAAUGGAUAGUUUCAUCGCCGGGUCGGUGUCCGGGGCAGUGGCAGCAUUGGUCACGACGCCCUUUGACGUGGGCAAGACCCGGCAGCAAGUGUUCCGGCAUAGCUGCGAAGACGUUUCAGCAAAGGCUGCUGCUGUUGCUGCUACUACUACUUCUGCGGCCACUAUACAUCCGGAACAACUACCAAUGCCGCGCUUUUUACUGCAUAUAUUCCAGCACGAAGGCACGGCGGGGCUGUUUAGAGGGUGGGCCGCGCGAUGUCUAAAGGUUGCUCCGGCGUGUGCCAUUAUGAUAUCGAGCUAUGAGGUGGGAAAGAAGAUGGCAGAAGGGGUCAAUAGUCGACGGUUAUCCGAGGGCGAUAAACCAUGA